CAGGCCUGAUUUAGCUGGUUUCCUCAGCGGUGCGACCAUAUGGAUUCACCGCAUCUCGUCGGUUCCGUGUUUGAACGCACCUCUGUCUCCAAACCGUCGCCGCCGAUCGCGCCUGGGACAAACAAAGGGUUCCCCGAAGCAGCUCAUCGCACCAAGAAGAGCGCUUUUGUGCGUGCGCGAGAGGCCAAGAACUCUGCCUCUUCGGGUACCCUACCUAAAGAUCGCGGACCGCCAACUGUCUUCGCUUCGACCUCCAAAUUCGCUCGGCCGUCUGCUUCUGCUAGGACCCCAUCACCACCUACGUUUGAUCGGGACCUUGCGAGAGAUGCAGAUGAUUGGAGGACACAGAUGAGCCUGGAGAACGAGAGGAAGGUCGAGAGCAUGACAGAAGAGGAACGAGAAGAGGAGAGACGGGAGAUAUUGAGUAAAUUCGGACCUCAUAUCGGGGACAUCCUGAAAAAGGCCAAAGCAGCGAGGGCGAAAACCUCUACGAAAUCUGCUCUUUCUCCUGCCUCACCCGAGGGCUCCCGUCCGGAAAGCCGCGCAUCGAAAAAGAUACGGUUUGCGGAGGUCACCGCGGACGACGUGCACGUGUACGAAUCCGCGCCUUCAUCACCCAAACAUAAAGCAUUAGCGCUGCCCCCGCCGGACGGUUCCGACGAUGUCGUGUCUCUGGGAGAAUGGAAAGGGUCUCUGAAGAAGGACCCCGAGGAAGGAACCCCGGAGGACAUACGACAACGAUUCUUCCCAUCCACGACUCCGAAUCAUCCAGAUCUGGAGUGGAUGCAGGAUAGCGCGCCAGUGACCAGUCUGGGUAGCUCUUCACCACCCGAUCCUCUUCGCUUCGACUUGUCUGGAAACGUCCUGGAGACCGGCCUGCACUCAUCCCUGCCCACCCACCUCGGUCUGCACCACCACGCGCCCGACGCCGACGGCAUGCAACGCGCUGGAUACACCCUCGAGGACGUCUUCGUCAUGUCUCGAUCGAGUGUGAAAGCGCAGCGCGCGGCGGGAAUGAGGAUGCUGGUCGGCGUCGCACGGUGGAUCGGCACUGUUCAUCGCGGAGACGCGGACCUACCAUUGGACUCAUUCUUGCCAUCGCAGAUCCCGGAAAUUAAGCAACGGGUGAUUGCGAGUGGGAUUGAAGCUAUGUCUGAGCGAGGCAGUCUUGGUGCACAUGCCAUCGAGGUCGUCAGAGAAUGCGUCGUUGGGUGGUCUCCGAUGGAUUUCGAUUCGACAUUAGUCGAAUUCGGCGGGGAAGAUGCGCUGUUGCCUCGACCGCAUCUACUUCAACAGAUUGUGGGGGCACUUUCAACCCAAGCAGAAGGCUCGGAUUCGUCCUCAGAUGCUUCUCUUGCUCAUCUACUCGUCGUGCUGACCCACCUCUCUCACCAAACGAACGAGAUUGCCACGGAAAUCAUCUCCACCCCCUCGCUGAUCGUGGUGGUCUUCCGCGCCUUCCUUCUAGCAGGGUCCCGGACCACGCUUCCUAAUGCUCAAUCGGCAAUCAAUCUAAUCGUCAUUCUCGCUGCGUCGAGCCGUGCCAAUGCACAAGCCCUUCUUGGCCCUUCUGAUGCGCUUCUUCGCUUCGCCGCGACGCUACCGCCCGCAGAGGCGACGCUUUUGACGAGUACCCUGGUCUUUUACCGGACUCUUGCAACAUAUGGGCUGUAUUCUUCCAUCGCCAGCACCGCUCAUCUGCAAUUCGCCGCUCUCGCCGCCUACGUUCCCAGCGCCGGUGCGUCGUUGCAGCAAGCUUGGGCUUCUUUGCUCGAGACCUGGCUCGUCUGCGCGACAGAUCCGCAUCAGACCACGCCCGAGCAUGAAAUCCUCUGGAGCCAGAUUGAAGCAUGGGGCUGGGGCGCUGACCUCCUUGCCCUGCGCGACCACGUGACGACUGAGGACGCGCUCGCUUGGACUUCGAUGUGGAAUGCACUGGCUGCGUGGCUGGAAGGGGCGCGAGUCAACGGAGUUCGAAGCGGCGAGAACGAGCGCGCUGAAUGUUUGGGUGCACUCGGGCACGGAUUCGAGAGUGGGAAGGAACGGGACGUUGUCGAAGCUGCGCUGAGGACGCUCGAGACCGCGGACAACCCCGAGACUCUGGGUACCUCCUCUCAAGUUCUCUCUGCCGCUAUACGGCUGUGGUUGACAUUCCCAAACACCUCGUUCACACUCCCGAUCGAUAGGAUCUCCGAGCUCUGUGGCAAACUCGUAGUCCACCCAGUUUGGAAGCAGUCCUCCGGGCGGUGCUAUUUUCUCCUGCGACCUCUUUCUAGUCUUCUCUGCGCAUAUCUGGAUCUGUCGAAGCGGCUGCAGCGCGUCUCGCAAGAUGCAUGGACCGCACAGGCUCUAUCAAUACUGUCUCGGACACUCCCGGGCGACGAACUCUUUGCAUUAGAUUUGCUCAAAGAUGUGUUAGGUUCGAUCACUCCUGAAUGGGCCAAUUCCAGAGGCAUUAAAAUCCCCCCUUCGUUCUGGGAGAAGGGUGGCUUCCGUAUCCUGCAGCCGUUCAUCGAGAAUACCGUGCAGCCAAGAUCGGGAGUGCAGAUCGGACCUUUGAACGCGAGUCCUGCAUCGAUCAAAGUCUCGACAACCCAACGGUUGCCUACCUAUUCUCGAGGACGGGGUCUUCCCCUGUCUCGUGCCUGGGCGCUUUCGCCACUGGAUCAUUUGCUGCGGUCCGGAACCUCACCCGUGUUCCGAUCUCUCCCAGCCGCUUGGGACGCGACCGAGACUGAAGUGACCCGUGCGACGCUGUUGCUAGCCAAGAUCACGCGUGAACUCGUCACCCGCUUCUCCUUCGCCGAUUUCGUGCCUUCGCGGGAAGAGGUUGUGUUUGGCUGUAUGAAAGUGUUCAUGCUUGAGCACGAGCAACCGCAUACGGAUUCGGAUGAGGAGGUUUUCC